CUGUGAUGAUGCUCUCUUUCGAGUGCAUAUCCCACACAUGUCACUGCCCUAGUAUAUACACUACAUCCGCCAUCUAUCGGCUUUGUACAUGAUGCAGCCAAGAUGCACAAGCGGAUCUUUCUCGCUAAAGCUAGACAGCGGGAGGGUUGCGAUAUGCGUAUUCCCCUCCCCUCUCCGGGGACCAAACGGAACCACUCAUUGCGACGUCUCACAUCACGCACAUCAGAGAGUGCCUGCCAGCCUUGCCUCUUCUUCUGACCGAGGAAGGAACGAGUUGGAUGGCAGAGAAAGAGAAAAAAAGUCUCGGACGUGUGUGGGCUGGACGGGAACAGGGAUGGAGGGAGACAGACCUGGAAGCGCGAUCGGCCCUACCCGCCAAGCCCCAGUGCCCCCCCCGCCGUCAAAGGCCCACCCCUUCAGCAGGGGUUCCAACAGCUCCCACCCACCAGGUUGUCCCGACCAGCAUCUCGACCUCCUCCCGAUGCAGCAUAAGCAGCAGGCGAGCAGGUCUUGUUUUCGCCAAGGCACCAGUGCUGUGGGGAGAGGCAAAAAACCCAGAACCAUUCGACAACGGCAGAAGAGCUCGAAGAGCCAACCCACGUGUGUGCCACCGCUGGCUGAUGUCCCCCCGCGCUGACCAUCGCCUCUCCAUGUGUCCGUCUGGUUAAAUACAGACGGCACAACCUGUGUUUCCUCCUGACUCUGCAUCCCUCCUCAACAGGUCGAUCAGCCACCCGCUACAACAACCUUCGCAGUCUCGUCUCUGAGCACGCGACAUCCACCGUCCAACUACAAUGGCGGUCCUCCACCAAUUCGACUACCUCUUCGCCAUUGGCACCAUCUUCGCAGGCCUCGACGCCUGGAACAUUGGUGCCAACGAUGUGGCCAACUCAUGGGCCACCUCUGUGGCUUCCCAGUCCGUGACCUACCUCCAGGCCAUGGUUCUCGCCUCUGUGAUGGAGUUUGCCGGCUCCGUUGGUGUUGGAGCCCGCGUUGCCGACACCAUCCGCACCAAGAUUGUCGACACGAAUCUCUUCAAAGAUGAUCCCGCUCUUCUCAUGCUUGGCAUGGUGUGCGCUGUUACCGCUUCCUCCAUCUACCUCACCAUGGCUACCAAGAUUGGUCUUCCCGUCUCCACCACCCAUUCCAUCAUGGGUGGUGUCAUUGGCAUGGGUGUUGCCGCCGUUGGCGCCGAUGGUGUCCAGUGGGUUGGCAAGGGUCCCGGUACUGGUGCCAUCAACUCUGGUGUCGUCCAGGUCUUCCUCGCCUGGAUCAUCGCUCCUGGUCUCUCCGCUAUCUUCGCCUCCAUCAUCUUCUUGAUCACCAAGUAUGGCGUCAUGCUUCGCAAGAACCCCGUCUGGAAGGCCUUCAUCUACGUGCCAGUCUACUUCGGUCUCGCCGCCGCGCUCCUUACCAUGUUGCUUCUCUGGAAGGGUGGCAACUACGAGGUCAAGCUCACUGAUUCCCAGCUCCCCGGUGUCAUUGUUGCCGUCGGUGUCGGUUUUGCCCUCCUCAUGUGCGUCACUCUGAUGCCCUGGCUCUACCGCGUUGUCAUGCUCGAUGACUGGCAGCUCCACUGGUACCACAUCCCUCUUGGUCUCUUCCUCCUCCGCCGCGGCCCCGUCCCUGAGAACCCCGACGACGAGUACGAGGACGAGCCUGUCCAGGAGGUCAGCCCCAAGGAUGAGCUCGCCGCCACCAAGGCCGCUCAGCGUGGUGAUGUCGAGAUAUCUGCCGCCGGUGCCCUCCCCGAGAAGAUUGUUGGCACCGCCGACUCCACCGAUGGUGCCUCUGCCAAUGCUCCCGCUGCCCCCGUCCGCCGCAAGAAGCCCUCCGACUUCCAGAAGGCCCACAAGAAGCUGCUCAAGGGCAGACCCGAGGGCAAGUGGUACACUUGGCCUGUUAUCUGGUAUGGGAUGAAGUGGUGUGUCCUCCACGGUAUCGAUCAGGAUGUUGUCAACCUUGCCGGUCAGAAGAGCGCCCUCGCCGGUGAUGUCGAGGAGAUUCACGCUCACGCUGCUCGCUACGACAACAAGGCCGAGUACAUGUACAGCUUCCUCCAGGUCAUGACUGCCGCCACUGCCUCCUUCACCCACGGUGCCAACGAUAUCGCCAACGCCAUCGGUCCCUAUGCCACCGUCUUCGAGAUCUGGAACUCGGGUGCCCUCCCCGAGACUGGCAAGGCUGCCGUUCCCAUUUGGAUUCUCUGCUUCGGCGCUGCCAUGCUCGUCCUCGGCAUCUGGACUUAUGGCUAUAACAUCAUGAGGAACUUGGGUAACCGCCUCACCCUCCAGUCGCCAUCCCGUGGUUUCUCCAUGGAGCUUGGUUCUGCCAUCACUGUCAUUCUUGCCACCCGCUUGAAGCUCCCUGUCUCCACCACCCAGUGCAUCACUGGUGCCACCGUCGGUGUCGGUCUCUGCUCUGGCACCUGGCGCACCGUCAACUGGCGCAUGGUCGGCUGGAUCUACUUCGGCUGGUUCAUCACCCUCCCCGUCGCUGGUAUCAUCUCUGGCUGCCUCAUGGGCAUCAUCAUCAACGCUCCUCGCUGGGGCUACUCUGGUUAAAUUGGGAUUAGCAUUGGCGUUUUUCUUUUGGAUUUGUUUGUUUGAGAGUGUGUGGGUUCGAAAAGUACUGGGAUCUGCACAUUGGUUGAAGGAUGUGAUUAUUGGAUAGUAUAAUAGUUUGUGGUUCCGGUUUCAGAAUACCCCCUGGGAGGCUUGGAUAUCUUGCGAGUAGUAAUUAGAAAGGUCUUGGACCUGUACCUACCACUUCUGUCUUUUGAUCUCUUGUGCA